AUGGCCACGCAGGAAAAUACUAUGAAGAUCGAGCAAGUCAAGACGGCCCCUCACGAAAAACGCGUUGCUACUCAUUCUCACAUUAAAGGUCUUGGUCUUAGACCUGACGGAACUGCUGAACCUAUUGCUUCUGGUUUUGUAGGCCAAGAAAAUGCACGCGAAGCUAGUGGUAUUGUGGUUGAAAUGAUUAAAUCAAAAAGUAUGGCUGGACGUGCUUUAUUGUUUGCUGGUGCCCCUGGUACGGGUAAAACGGCUAUUGCACUUGCUAUUGCUCAAGAAUUGGGCCCCAAAGUACCCUUCCGUCCCAUUGUGGGUUCAGAAGUGUAUUCUAGCGAAAUCAAAAAGACAGAAGUGCUUAUGGAGAACUUUAGAAGAUCGAUUGGUUUGCGUAUGAAGGAAACAAAGGAAGUCUAUGAAGGUGAAGUGACUGAAUUGACACCUGAAGAAACAGAGAAUCCAUUGGGUGGUUAUGGCAAGACAAUUUCACAUGUCAUUAUUGGACUCAAGACAGUCAAGGGCACAAAACAACUCAAGUUAGAUCCUAGUAUUUACGAAUCCAUUCAAAAAGAAAAAGUUACUGUAGGCGAUGUGAUCUAUAUUGAAGCCAAUACAGGUGCCUGCAAGAGAGUAGGUCGUUCAGAUGCUUAUGCGACAGAAUUUGAUUUAGAAGCAGAAGAAUAUGUUCCUUUACCCAAGGGAGAUGUUCAUAAAAAGAAAGAAGUGAUUCAAGAUGUCACCCUUCAUGAUUUAGAUGUCGCUAAUGCAAAGCCUGAAGGUGGACAAGAUAUUAUGUCUAUGAUGGGCCAGCUUUUGAAGCCUAAAAAGACAGAGAUCACUGAAAAACUUCGACAGGAAAUCAACAAAGUCGUCAACAAAUACAUUGAACAAGGCAUUGCAGAAUUGGUGCCUGGUGUUCUUUUCAUUGAUGAAGUGCAUAUGUUGGAUAUUGAGUGCUUUACUUAUUUAAAUAGAGCACUUGAAUCUCCUUUAUCACCCAUUGUUAUCUUUGCCACCAACAGAGGCAUGUGUACGAUUCGUGGUACAGAUGACAUUGUUUCUCCUCAUGGUAUUCCUGUUGAUUUAUUGGAUCGUCUUUUGAUUAUCCGUACACUUCCUUACACUGUAGACGAAAUCAAGGUUAUUAUCAGCAUCAGAGCAAAGAUUGAAGGAUUGACGAUAGAUGAUGAAGCUGUUGAACACAUUGCCAAUGCUGGUGUCAAUACUUCUUUAAGAUACGCUGUGCAAUUAUUGACACCUGCCAACAUUUUAUCUGAAAUCAAUGGUCAUUCUUCUAUCUCUUUGGACGAUGUUAAAGAAGUGGACGACUUGUUUUUUGAUUCAAAGAAAUCAGCCCAACAUUUAUUAGAACAAGAGUCUCAAUUCCUUAAUUAA